AAAAUAUGUUGUUUUGACAUUAAACUUUAAAGGACCGAAAAAUCUGUUUGGAAAAACUUAAUAUUCCCAAUUAACUGUAUCCUAAAAUGGGUUACUAAAAUGGAGACAAUGUUGCAAAACUAAAAAAUUUUAAGUCCAAAUGCUACGCCGAUGAAUUUAAUGAAAAACGAAGCUGAAAUCUAGUUGAUCGACUCCUGGUUAUUUCCUGCAUAACAAUUUCCUGUUCGUUUUGUAUAAGAAUGGACGAAACUCAGAAACCAUUCGCUUGUAAAGCUGAAGGAUGUACCAUGAGUUUCACGAACUUAGACCAUCUGAAUGUACACACAAAGAAACAUGCAAUGUCUUUGCAAUUGAGUCUAGGAAAUAAAGCCGCGUUUGUUGCCGAUCAAACACCGACCCCCACACGCCUGAUACGAAAUUGCGAUGAAGUCGGCCUAUUUGAGGAUUUGCAUUUGCAACACGUCAAUCCCUUCGAAGAAACAUUUCGUCAAGCUGUUGAAUCCAAACAUUGCUCAUCGAUUACACCGACGUUGGACCACGGAAUGAUUGUGGACGAUACAUUGCCACAAGACGAGACGACAUUACACACUCCGAACGUAUUGCCGUACUAUGAUCUAUCGAAUUGCACAUUUAAAGAGGAAUCUAUAACGCUAGGUGACGAGGUCAUAGCCAGCCAAGGCAAUAGUGACAAUGAAUUGGAAGAUUGUACCUUUGAAACAGACACAAGUGGAACAAUUGAUACGAAAAUUGAAUUGAUUGAAGAAAUUGACAGUGAGCCGAAUUUUUCGGGUGAUAAUGGACCGGUUGAUGAUAAGACAGACGAUAUUAUUGUAUUUCAUAUGCACAAACCGAGGCCACCAGGGCUCAUUAUAUCGAAAAAGCCGUCAAGUCUACGUUCAAAGUUUAAAAAAAUAGUUGACGAAACACUAAGCGGGGAAACAAACACUGCGCCUCCACAAUCCGUAGCUCAACCCAUAGCUCAGAAUGCGAAAACAAUAGUCGUUAAACCCCUGCCAAAAUUGACAAGAAUUCUGCCAAUGAUUCCAAUUACUACCACUUCGGAGCGAAAGGUCAAAUUUGAAACAACGCCGAAAAUUUUAAAAAUUAAUUUGAACGAGUCCAGUAAGCGAUUAUUGCUGCCCAAGUCUCGACCAGUAGAAGAAAAUACCGUGUCAGUGAAGGAUAAGCUGAAAGCGACGAUACUGAAGACGAAUCUUGAAACCGCUGAAUCGAGUGUUAAAAGGAAUGUUAGGCCAGCGGUGACCGAUAAGAAAACACUGAAAAAAGACGUUACAGAAAAAUCGGAUGACAAGUUGAAAGUUUCACGAAAUCGAGCCGCAGCCAAACGUUACAGAAAUAAGCUGAAAAUGUGGCACAAUGAAACGAAGCAAAGAAACAUUAAACUGGAGGAAGAAAAUAGGGACCUUCGAGCUGAAGUGAGGCAAUUAAAGUCAAUACUGCUGGCCCAUCAAGACUGUUCGGUGGCUAAAGCGAUGGCGUCUGGAAAGCCCAUUCCCGUCGGAUUGCCCAAAAUCAUAGUCAAGGACCACAAUUCGGAAAACAUUUCAAUCAUGAACGAUGUCACAAUGAAUCCAGUGUUUUUAAUUGUAAAUAAGCCGAUUGAAUACAAUUCAACCGUCAGUAUUAGUUGAAUGUAAGUUUCUUGUUCGAAAGUUCGAUUGGCUCUCUCAAUUUUUAUUGUAAUUUAUUUUCGCGAAUGACAAGCCUAUGAUAAUAUAAUAUGGUCGUAUCUGUUA